AUGCCUUCGCCUGUGACAGCUCCGUCUAUUCGCAUCUCCGCUGAGCCUUUGACGCAAGCUUCGUUUGCUCAGUUUGGCACAGUUGUCGAGAACCCUACCCGCUCGCACUCUCCAGUCUCACACCACCCCCAGGCUGUAGCUGCAAAUCAAGGCACAGCCGUGAAAUAUCUCGAUGUUACGCAUGUGACCAACUUCUAUAAUCUUGCUCCAAGCAAGAAACCAGCAGAGGCCGUGGUGAAUAUGUUUAUCUGCUCCCCCCGUAAGCUUCGCUCUGUGGAGCCGGCCACAUCGAAGUCUGCUUCACAAAGCAACACCGAUCAGGCGGAUCAGGCGGAUCAGGCGGGAAAACAUUUGUUCGACGUGAACAUCCUCGAACGUCAUCCGUAUACAUCUCAAACCUUUAUCCCACUUGGGCUGUCGCCGCAAGACAAGACCACGCAGUAUCUGGUGAUCGUAGCUCCAACGCUACCAACAUCUAAGACUCCUAAGGAUCUUAAUCGUCUGAUGGCUUAUCCUCUGCGAGAACCUCGACGGCGACGGUCGUUGCUCGAUGUAUUUGCAAAAGCGCGACCUUCACCGUUCACAAACGAGGCAUCACCGCCCAUCCCAGACGCAACUCAAGAUCCCUCCCAGCAGAAUCGCAAAGGGCCGGGUUUACCGGAUCUGAACAACAUCAAGGCGUUCGUUGCGACAGGCAAUCAAGCAGUGACGUACGGUGCUGGAACUUGGCAUGCGCCAAUGGUGGUGAUAGGCGAGGGGAGUGUUGACUUUGUGGUUUUGCAGUAUGCGAACGGUGUUGGGCAAGAAGAUUGCCAGGAAGUGGAGCUCCACGCCACUGAAGGGGACGGGAUCAGUGUUGCGUUGCAAACGCCGUUGGCACCUUCCUUCCAAGUGCGGUCCAAGCUAUGA